AUGACGGAAGUCGUACAUAUUAAAGAUAGGAAGGAGGCAAUUCAUGAGUUAAAAUAUUCACCAGAUGGAACUUACCUUGCUGUUGGAUGCAAUGACAGCUCAGUUGAUGUUUAUGGAGUUGCUCAGCGUUACAAAAAAGUUGGUGAAUGUGUUGGAUCACUUAGUUUCAUCACUCAUCUGGACUGGUCCUCAGACACUAGAUAUUUACAGACAAAUGAUGGAAAUGGGAAAAGACUUUUUUAUAGAAUGCCAGGAGGAAAAGAAGUGACAAGUAAAGAAGAAAUAAAAGGUGUUCAUUGGGCUUCAUGGACAUGUGUUUCAGGCCUUGAAGUGAAUGGAAUUUGGCCCAAGUAUUCGGAUAUCAAUGAUAUAAAUUCAGUAGAUGGAAAUUAUAUUGGCCAAGUUUUAGUUACAGCUGAUGACUAUGGAGUUAUAAAAUUAUUCCGAUAUCCAUGUUUAAGAAAAGGGGCCAAGUUUAGAAAAUAUAUUGGCCAUUCAGCUCAUGUAACUAAUGUCAGAUGGUCACAUGAUUAUCAGUGGGUUAUUUCUAUUGGUGGAGCAGAUCACUCUGUCUUUCAGUGGAAAUUUAUUCCUGAAAGAAAACUAAAAGAUGCUCUUCACAUAGCACCCCAAGAAAGUCUGGCUGACUCUAAUAGUGAUGAAUCAGAUUCAGAUCUGUCUGAUGUUCCAGAACUGGAUUCUGAAAUUGAACAAGAAACACAGCUCACCUACCGUCGGCAGGUUUACAAAGAAGAUCUACCUCAGCUUAAAGAACAGUGCAAAGAGAAACAAAAAAGUGCUACUUCUAAAAGAAGAGAGAGGGCUCCAGGAAAUAGUAUUCGAUUACACUUUGUUCAUGGUUACAGAGGUUAUGACUGUCGAAGUAAUCUAUUUUAUACCCAAAUUGGUGAAAUUGUGUACCAUGUGGCAGCAGUGGGUGUCGUUUAUAAUCGACAACAGAACACACAGCGUUUUUACUUGGGUCAUGAUGAUGAUAUUCUCUGCUUGGCUAUACAUCCUUUGAAAGACUAUGUGGCAACAGGCCAGGUAGGUAGGGAUCCCUCAAUUCAUAUAUGGGACACAGAGACUAUUAAACCAUUGUCGAUAUUAAAGGGCUACCACCAAUAUGGUGUCUGUGCUGUUGAUUUCUCAGCGGAUGGGAAACGUUUGGCUUCAGUUGGAAUAGAUGAUAGCCACACUAUUGUGCUGUGGGACUGGAAGAAAGGAGAGAAACUUUCAAUAGCAAGAGGAAGUAAGGAUAAGAUUUUUGUUGUGAAGAUGAACCCCUAUGUGCCCGAUAAACUAAUUACAGCUGGAAUUAAACACAUGAAAUUUUGGCGUAGAGCGGGGGGAGGAUUGAUUGGAAGAAAAGGCUACAUAGGCACACUGGGGAAAAAUGACACAAUGAUGUGUGCAGUUUAUGGAUGGACUGAAGAGAUGGCUUUUUCUGGAACAUCCACAGGAGAUGUGUGUAUAUGGAGAGACAUCUUUCUUGUAAAAACAGUUAAAGCACAUGAUGGGCCAGUGUUCAGUAUGCAUGCACUGGAAAAAGGAUUUGUAACUGGAGGAAAAGAUGGUGUGGUAGCUCUUUGGGAUGACUCCUUUGAAAGAUGUCUCAAGACCUAUGCUAUAAAAAGAGCUGCUUUGGCCCCAGGAUCUAAAGGUCUUCUCUUGGAAGAUAACCCGUCUAUACGUGCCAUAUCAUUAGGACAUGGUCAUAUUUUAGUUGGCACAAAGAAUGGUGAAAUACUAGAAGUGGAUAAAAGUGGCCCAAUAACACUUCUGGUACAGGGACACAUGGAAGGAGAGGUGUGGGGGUUGGCUGCACAUCCUUAUCUGCCCAUCUGUGCUACUGUAAGUGAUGAUAAAACCUUAAGAAUAUGGGAUCUCUCUCCUAGCCAUUGCAUGUUGGCUGUCCGGAAACUGAAAAAGGGUGGGAGAUGUUGCUGUUUUUCUCCUGAUGGUAAAGCUUUAGCUGUAGGUCUCAAUGAUGGAAGUUUCUUAAUGGCAAAUGCAGAUACUCUAGAGGAUCUUGUGUCUUUUCACCACAGAAAAGAUAUUAUUUCAGAUAUUCGGUUUUCACCUGGUUCUGGGAAAUAUCUAGCUGUAGCAUCCCAUGACAGCUUUAUAGAUAUAUACAACGUAAUGAGUAGUAAACGAGUAGGAAUAUGCAAAGGAGCUACCAGUUACAUAACCCAUAUUGACUGGGAUAUUAGAGGAAAGCUUUUACAGGUCACCACUGGCGCUAAAGAACAGUUAUUCUUUGAAGCUCCUAGAGGAAAAAAACAAACCAUCCCCAGUGUGGAGGUAGAAAAAAUUGGUUGGGCAUCAUGGACAAGUGUGCUUGGUUUAUGCUGUGAGGGAAUUUGGCCAAUAAUUGGAGAAGUCACAGAUGUAACUGCUUCUUGCCUCACCAGUGACAAAAUGGUCCUAGCUACUGGGGAUGAUUUGGGAUUUGUGAAGUUAUUUAGAUAUCCUACUAAAGGAAAAUUUGGGAAGUUUAAGAGGUAUGUGGCCCAUAGUACACAUGUCACAAAUGUUCGCUGGACUUAUGAUGACAGCAUGUUAGUUACCGUAGGAGGUACAGAUAUGUCUUUAAUGGUGUGGACAAAUGAAAUGGAAGGUUAUCGGGAAAAAAGGCCUUGUGAUAGUGAAGAAUCUGAUAUAGAUUCUGAAGAAGAUGGAGGUUAUGACAGUGAUGUUACAAGGGAGAAUGAAAUCAGUUACACCAUCAGAGCCUUAUCUACAAAUAUUCGCCCAAUGUUUGGAAUCAAGCCUCAUUUGCAACAAAAAGAACCCUCAAUUGAUGAGAGGCAGGGGAUAGUAAGAGGUUCAAGGCCCCCAGUGAGUAGGGCCCCGCCACAGCCAGAGAAGCUUCAGACAAACAAUGUCGGCAAGAAAAAGAGACCCAUAGAGGACCUUGUGUUGGAGCUUGUUUUUGGUUAUCGAGGCAGAGACUGUAGGAAUAAUGUUCACUAUUUAAAUGAUGGUGAUGAUAUAAUUUAUCACACUGCAUCCGUUGGAAUUCUGCACAAUGUUGCUACAGGGACUCAGAGUUUUUAUCAGGAACAUAAUGAUGAUAUUCUGUGCCUUACUGUAAAUCAGCACCCGAAAUUUAUCAACAUAGUGGCAACUGGCCAAGUAGGUGAUUCAACAGACAUGUCAGGGCGAAGCAUGAUUUUGUGACUUGACUAUUCAACUACAACAGCAAGGUCCUAUCCUAGCUGUCUUGGUUAGACUGAAGAGCAGGGGUUGGUAGACUACAUGCAUGGGUCAAAUCUGGCUCACCAGUUGUUUCUGUACAGCCCAUGAUCUAAGGAUAGUUUUUACUAAGUUAAAUACUUGGAAAAAAAUCAAAAGAAGAACAAAAUUUCAUGACAUUUAUAUGAAAUA